GUGAAUGUGUUGAGUUUAUUCACUCAUUUCUACUCUUCGUUGUGUCCAAUGAAUUUUAUCCAUCGUAUCUCAUUUGGAAGUUUGUUUUUCUCUUCGACCUCAAAGACCUAAUGAACUUUAUUAAUCUCCAAUCGAUUGGUCAAGUAUUCCAAUUGUGAAAUGUCUGCCAAUUCAUCGGAUUCACCAAUAACCCAAUCCCCAUCCCAAUCUUCACCUUCACCGACCAACAUCGUGUUAUCUAAAUUAAGUGGACCCACAAAUGAUUUUGGACUUCGUUUCUUGGAACAAUUAAACACCGGCAAUGCGAAUAAAAAUGUCCUCUUCUCUCCUUUAAGUGCCAUCUUAGCCUAUGGUAUGUUAUUGGAAGGUGCAACCGGCAGAACUGAACAACAGAUCAAAGAGGUUCUCCAAUUAUCUUCUCUUGGUAAUCAAACAUCGGAUGUUUCUCAAGCCGCUAAAAAGCUUCUCACAGGAUACAAAUCGAUUGAAGAUGGUUCUAGUGGUCGUAACUUCUCUUUGGCUAUUGGUAAUUUGGCGAUGGUCAAUAAAAACGCUACUCUCAAAGAGACUUAUGCUCGUAGUUUGUUGGCCAAUUAUUUCGCUCAAGCAACAAAUGAAGACUUUGAAAAUGGAACCGCAGUAAUGAAUAAACUAAACUCAUGGAUCUCUGAAAAAACUUUUGGAAAAAUCAACAAGAUCUUAUCCAGUCCACCAGGCCCAGAAACUAUAUUAAUGUUGAUAAACACCGUUUACUUCAAAGGAAAAUGGGUCGAACCAUUCCCUAAUUCGUCAACAAUCGAUGACACUUUUACCAAUUCUGAUGGAACCAUAAGUAAGAUCAAAAUGAUGUCCAUUCGAGAUAAAAAAUUCAAUUAUGUUCACAAUCAAGCAAAGAAAGUCAAGGUUGUAGAGCUUCCAUACAUUGGAAAUGUCAGCAUGAUCUUCAUUGUACCCACCGAAUCCAACACUCUGUCCAGUUUGGUUCCUACAUUGAAUUCAACGGAAUUAGAUAAUCUUUUGAGUUCCAUGAGUUCAACGAAGCUUCGAGUUGUUAAUAUUCCCAAAUUCAAACUGGAAGAUACCCACAAGUUACAUGAGAUUUUUCCUCGUAUGGGAAUGGACUUACCAUUCAGCGAUUUGGCUCAACUUCCCAACAUUGCAGAAAACUCUGAAUUAAAAGUAUCACAAUCAAUCCAAAAGGCUCUGAUUGAGGUCGAUGAAGAGGGAACUGUCGCUGCAGCUACAACACUCAUUAUCACCGUCUUAAGAAUGAGUUACUUCCCAGCUGAAGAUAUUGUCAUAGAUCGUCCUUUCCUCUUUAUGAUUCGAGACAAUUUAUCUGGAGUUAACCUUUUCAUGGGUCAAAUGAAUAAGAUGCCGAAUCUUGAUACGCCAACAGUAUCCACCACCGCUAUUCCAGCACAAUCAUCAUUAUCACCAGUGCAAUCCACUCCACCAGCCAGUAAUCAAACUACAAACUCAUCCACAGCUUUAUAAUCAAUUGAACGAUUAAUGCGAUUCCAAGUUUAAUGCACAAAUCAUGACAGUUAAUUAUCUUCUUUCAAUUCAAUAACUGAUUACUUUGCAAUAAUUUACAGAUACUAAUAGUAUAAAUCUCGAGCUUAUUGUUUUUGUUUUCUAAAUUAACAUAAAUUACAUCAACACUGAAAGUCAAUUGUCUUUCAUUUCCUCUUCCAAUGUUACCCUUUCUGGCAUUUUUAUCUAUUAAUUAAUCAAUUGAUUUCUGUCCUAAGCUUUUUGUAAGCUCAAUCAAACGCACAAUCUUGUUCUGAAAAUCAUUCGCAAUCAACCAUCAUCUUUAAUAAUCCUUAAUUGGAUUCUCAAGUCUUGAAGCUCUUUUAAGUGUCAAUGAAGAUCAAGAUUAUUGUUGACUAGUUAUAUAAAAGCUUAAUUAUAAUAAUAAAAACAUAAACAAAACUAAA